UGCUUUCCCCACCCCAAACCCCACAAAGAUCUUCCCGCAGUAAAGUUUUUGUAUUUGAAGAAGGGUUUGAGGUGACCAGCCGGUUUCCUGUAGACAAAUAAUGUCUUGUUGAGUUGAGUUGAAAAAAGAGACCAUUUUAUGUGAGGAGCAGAGACCAUUAAUGUUGAGGGAGAUAGCUGUGAACAUUAUAAGAAAGGAGAAGAGUGGUCUAUAAAUCAUUCCUAUUAAUCUGAGAAGUCAAAAAUUUGGACUCAAUCUAGGUCAAUCAAUUUCCCUUCUCCAUGUUUUUUCCUGUCCUUCUUUUUCUUCCUAAUUUCCACCACUUUACCAUCUAAAUCCGAUUCUGAUUCUGUCAGGGAUGAUGUGGGCUUCAGCAUUUCACACGGGCCGAGGUUUUCCCUUCCCGGCCCCACCGGCUGCGCUCUGCUGCCUGUCUUUGCCGCUUUUUUUCGCGGUGGCAGAAACUCAAUUCCCUCUGCAAGGGCUGAAGGGGCUUCGGGGGUCUCCGGCGUAGCACGCGCUCUCAGAGCCCCGUCCGUCUCCCUCCCUCGCACAUUUUUCUGUGCGGCUUUUGAGCUUGGACUCGGCUCGAAACCCUCACUUUGGGACCCACGAGCCUGGAGUUCCUCCUCCAUGUCCACAGAGCUUUCAGCCACAAUUACGCACGUCUCAUCUUCCCCGUUUCCCUCACUUUCGACGCCACUCAUGUGAUCAUCGUUAGUGGGAGAGCACUGUUGUUGUUCCCCACCCUCACUCUCAGAAUUUCUGCAAAUGCAUCUCCCCAUUUCAUUAAAACAAAUUGUGCACUUGACUGGUGCGUUUGCACACUCCCGUGCAUAAUGGCCCUGCUCCCCACAUUUAUGACAUAUAAACUCUGGGCAUUCUCUGAAAAUAUGUCCCGGUUGUAUGCAUAGUCUGCAUACUUUCACCUGUCUGUCAUGUAUAACCCUGAAAAAUUCGGCACCUGUUGCAGUAUUGAAUUUUGCCGAAUAAGGCAGUGACUGGAUGUCUUUUGUGAAUUUUACCUUACAGUAUCUUGUACCGUCGGCGAUGUUUGUGCCAGGCCACAUUCUCCUUUUUAUCGGGGAUACAGCUGAAACUCCCCACAUUUGUAAUUUGUUCUGAAUGUCCGAGUCCGGGAUGUAAGCAGGCAGGUUCAAAAAAGAGACCACCAGCUCGUCAUUUGAAAGCUCCCUCGCCCACACAUUCACAGCUCCAAUCUUUAGACCCUCCAUCAGUCUCUCUUUUCCUUUCCCAUGGUUCAUCGUGACUUCGUAUUUCCUCUCCCCGACAUAUCUGCAUGCCACCACCGCUCCACACGCCAGCCUCACCGCCCUCAGAAGUUCCGUCACCGUCACUUUCUCUUGUCCCUCCAGCUCCAGCAUCACUGUCAACUCCUUUCUAUAAUUCAAUUGUAGAUCGUCAUUCUUCUUUUCUUUCUCCAUAUUCCUUUUUCCAUCUCUUAAACUGUCCGUAGUCGAAACCGUGGGAAUUUCUCUGCCGUUUUCCGUGUCUUUUACCAUGUUGUCCAUCUUGUGAGUCAGCGUUUGUGUGCCGCAGCACACUGAACGCCACGUCACCAAACAAAAAGAGGAUCAAAACUCCUCACCCCCAGGCAGUAGAAAAACCCCUGCCAGGGGUACAAAACAAAAAAAAAGAUACAAAAUACCUACCACUAUCUACGCUCAAAUAUCUAACUUACCUAAAAAAAAACUUUUUUCACUUCUUUCCUCACAAUCUCUCUGACUCAAAACUACCGUGUGCAUGCACCAAAAAAAUGGGCGUGUUCAGGGUGGUAUGGCCGUAAGCCAUGACACAGGCUCCAAAUGAGCUAUUCGAACGUGCUCCUGUGUGGUUCUCUCAAUUAUAAUCAGCAUUUCACUUUAAUGAACAAUGCGUCGCUCAAGAAAACACCCGGAUACGCAGUCAAGCUUAGUUUUACAGCCUAUCUCUGCAGUCCAUCAUGCUCCACUCCUUUGCUCCACUUCAUGACAAGAUCUCAGUCCUCCCGCUCUUUGUGCUUUUUUGACUUUUUCUUUCAUUUAUCUUGAAGGCUCAUCUCCAAGUGUAUUUGCAUUGGUCCAAGCUAAAGACCAGGCUCCCCAAAGACCCAUAUCCUAGCCUCUUGGAGAGAGAACACGGCACAAGAUACAAGAAAAGAAAAGCUUACAGCACCUGGUAUUCCCAGGCGGUCUCCCAUCCAAGUACUAACCAGGCCCGACCCUGCUUAGCUUCCGAGAUCGGACGAGAUCGGGCGUGUUCAGGGUGGUAUGGCCGUAAGCGAUCACACAGGCUCCAAAUGAGCUAUUCGAACGUGCUCCUGUGUGGUUCUCUCAAUUAUAAUCAGCAUUUCACUUUAAUGAACAAUGCGUCGCUCAAGAAAACACCCGCAUACGCAGUCAAGCUUAGUUUUACAGCCUAUCUCUGCAGUCCAUCAUGCUCCACUCCUUUGCUCCACUUCAUGACAAGAUCUCAGUCCUCCCGCUCUUUGUGCUUUUUUGACUCUUUCUUUCAUUUAUCUUGAAGGCUCAUCUCCAAGUGUAUUUGCAUUGGUCCAAGCUAAAGACCAGGCUCCCCAAAGACCCAUAUCCUAGCCUCUUGGAGAGAGAACACGGCACAAGAUACAAGAAAAGAAAAGCUUACAGCACCUGGUAUUCCCAGGCGGUCUCCCAUCCAAGUACUAACCAGGCCCGACCCUGCUUAGCUUCCGAGAUCAGACGAGAUCGGGCGUGUUCAGGGUGGUAUGGCCGUAAGCGAUGACACAGGCUCCAAAUGAGCUAUUCGAACGUGCUCCUGUGUGGUUCUCUCAAUUAUAAUCAGCAUUUCACUUUCAAUGAACAAUGCGUCGCUCAAGAAAACACCCGGAUACGCAAUCAAGCUUAGUUUUACAGCCUAUCUCUGCAGUCCAUCAUGCUCCACUCCUUUGCUCCGCUUCAUGACAAGAUCUCAGUCCUCCCGCUCUUUGUGCUUUUUUGACUCUUUCUUUCAUUUAUCUUGAAGGCUCAUCUCCAAGUGUAUUUGCAUUGGUCCAAGCUAAAGACCAGGCUCCCCAAAGACCCAUAUCCUAGCCUCUUGGAGAGAGAACACGGCACAAGAUACAAGAAAAGAAAAGCUUACAGCACCUGGUAUUCCCAGGCGGUCUCCCAUCCAAGUACUAACCAGGCCCGACCCUGCUUAGCUUCCGAGAUCGGACGAGAGCGGGCGUGUUCAGGGUGGUAUGGCCGUAAGCGAUGACACAGGCUCCAAAUGAGCUAUUUGAACGUGCUCCUGUGUGCUUCUCUCAAUUAGAAUCAGCAUUUCACUUUCAAUGAUGUUACGGCUGUGUGUUUGUUUUUGCAUGUGUUUUUCCCCUUUUGUCUCUCCAUAGCUGCCCAGGUGAAAUCACUUGAGUGACAAUCAGACUCACCUGGUGCUGGGAGUCUAAAAGCCCAGAGCUGCCUGCAGUCUGGAGAGGCAUUUGGUGGGGAACUGCUGCCCUGCUGCCUCUCAUUUGUGUUGUGGGUGCUUUGUGUCUAGUUUGCAAUUUUGUCACAAUAAAUCACGUGUUAAACUUUUGAAGGUGUUUUGUUAAUUUGAUGGGUACAAAGUUGAGGAUAGUUGUUCGCCCCAAGGGUGGGGCGUAACAAUGAACAAUGCGUCGCUCAAGAAAACACCCGGAUACGCAGUCAAGCUUAGUUUUACAGCCUAUCUCUGCAGUCCAUCAUGCUCCACUCCUUUGCUCCGCUUCAUGACAAGAUCUCAGUCCUCCCGCUCUUUGUGCUUUUUUGACUCUUUCUUUCAUUUAUCUUGAAGGCUCAUCUCCAAGUGUAUUUGCAUUGGUCCAAGCUAAAGACCAGGCUCCCCAAAGACCCAUAUCCUAGCCUCUUGGAGAGAGAACACGGCACAAGAUACAAGAAAAGAAAAGCUUACAGCACCUGGUAUUCCCAGGCGGUCUCCCAUCCAAGUACUAACCAGGCCCGACCCUGCUUAGCUUCCGAGAUCGGACGAGAUCGGGCGUGUUCAGGGUGGUAUGGCCGUAAGCGAUGACACAGGCUCCAAAUGAGCUAUUUCAACGUGCUCCUGUGUGGUUCUCUCAAUUAUAAUCAGCAUUUCACUUUCAAUGAACAAUGCGUCGCUCAAGAAAACACCCGGAUACGCAGUCAAGCUUAGUUUUACAGCCUAUCUCUGCAGUCCAUCAUGCUCCACUCCUUUGCUCCGCUUCAUGACAAGAUCUCAGUCCUCCCGCUCUUUGUGCUUUUUUGACUCUUUCUUUCAUUUAUCUUGAAGGCUCAUCUCCAAGUGUAUUUGCAUUGGUCCAAGCUAAAGACCAGGCUCCCCAAAGACCCAUAUCCUAGCCUCUUGGAGAGAGAACACGGCACAAGAUACAAGAAAAGAAAAGCUUACAGCACCUGGUAUUCCCAGGCGGUCUCCCAUCCAAGUACUAACCAGGCCCGACCUUGCUUAGCUUCCGAGAUCGGACGAGAUCGGGCGUGUUCAGGGUGGUAUGGCCGUAAGCGAUGACACAGGCUCCAAAUGAGCUAUUUCAACGUGCUCCUGUGUGGUUCUCUCAAUUAUAAUCAGCAUUUCACUUUCAAUGAACAAUGCGUCGCUCAAGAAAACACCCGGAUACGCAGUCAAGCUUAGUUUUAUAGCCUAUCUCUGCAGUCCAUCAUGCUCCACUCCUUUGCUCCGCUUCAUGACAAGAUCUCAGUCCUCCCGCUCUUUGUGCUUUUUUGACUUUUUCUUUCAUUUAUCUUGAAGGCUCAUCUCCAAGUGUAUUUGCAUUGGUCCAAGCUAAAGACCAGGCUCCCCAAAGACCCAUAUCCUAGCCUCUUGGAGAGAGAACACGGCACAAGAUACAAGAAAAGAAAAGCUUACAGCACCUGGUAUUCCCAGGCGGUCUCCCAUCCAAGUACUAACCAGGCCCGACCCUGCUUAGCUUCCGAGAUCGGACGAGAUCGGGCGUGUUCAGGGUGGUAUGGCCGUAAGCGAUGACACAGGCUCCAAAUGAGCUAUUUGAACGUCCUCCUGUGUGGUUCUCUCAAUUAGAAUCAGCAUUUCACUUUCAAUGAACAAUGCGUCGCUCAAGAAAACACCCGCAUACGCAGUCAAGCUUAGUUUUACAGCCUAUCUCUGCAGUCCAUCAUGCUCCACUCCUUUGCUCCGCUUCAUGACAAGAUCUCAGUCCUCCCGCUCUUUGUGCUUUUUUGACUCUUUCUUUCAUUUAUCUUGAAGGCUCAUCUCCAAGUGUAUUUGCAUUGGUCCAAGCUAAAGACCAGGCUCCCCAAAGACCCAUAUCCUAGCCUCUUGGAGAGAGAACACGGCACAAGAUACAAGAAAAGAAAAGCUUACAGCACCUGGUAUUCCCAGGCGGUCUCCCAUCCAAGUACUAACCAGGCCCGACCCUGCUUAGCUUCCGAGAUCGGACGAGAUCGGGCGUGUUCAGGGUGGUAUGGCCGUAAGCGAUGACACAGGCUCCAAAUGAGCUAUUUGAACGUGCUCCUGUGUGGUUCUCUCAAUUAGAAUCAGCAUUUCACUUUCAAUGAACAAUGCGUCGCUCAAGAAAACACCCGCAUACGCAGUCAAGCUUAGUUUUACAGCCUAUCUCUGCAGUCCAUCAUGCUCCACUCCUUUGCUCCGCUUCAUGACAAGAUCUCAGUCCUCCCGCUCUUUGUGCUUUUUUGACUCUUUCUUUCAUUUAUCUUGAAGGCUCAUCUCCAAGUGUAUUUGCAUUGGUCCAAGCUAAAGACCAGGCUCCCCAAAGACCCAUAUCCUAGCCUCUUGGAGAGAGAACACGGCACAAGAUACAAGAAAAGAAAAGCUUACAGCACCUGGUAUUCCCAGGCGGUCUCCCAUCCAAGUACUAACCAGGCCCGACCCUGCUUAGCUUCCGAGAUCGGACGAGAUCGGGCGUGUUCAGGGUGGUAUGGCCGUAAGCGAUGACACAGGCUCCAAAUGAGCUAUUUGAACAUGCUCCUGUGUGGUUCUCUCAAUUAGAAUCAGCAUUUCACUUUCAAUAACAAUGCGUCGCUCAAGAAAACACCCGCAUACGCAGUCAAGCUUAGUUUUACAGCCUAUCUCUGCAGUCCAUCAUGCUCCACUCCUUUGCUCCGCUUCAUGACAAGAUCUCAGUCCUCCCGCUCUUUGUGCUUUUUUGACUCUUUCUUUCAUUUAUCUUGAAGGCUCAUCUCCAAGUGUAUUUGCAUUGGUCCAAGCUAAAGACCAGGCUCCCCAAAGACCCAUAUCCUAGCCUCUUGGAGAGAGAACACGGCACAAGAUACAAGAAAAGAAAAGCUUACAGCACCUGGUAUUCCCAGGCGGUCUCCCAUCCAAGUACUAACCAGGCCCGACCCUGCUUAGCUUCCGAGAUCGGACGAGAUGGGGCGUGUUCAGGGUGGUAUGGCCGUAAGCGAUGACACAGGCUCCAAAUGAGCUAUUUGAACGUGCUCCUGUGUGGUUCUCUCAAUUAUAAUCAGCAUUUCACUUUCAAUGAACAAUGCGUCGCUCAAGAAAACACCCGGAUACGCAGUCAAGCUUAGUUUUACAGCCUAUCUCUGCAGUCCAUCAUGCUCCACUCCUUUGCUCCGCUUCAUGACAAGAUCUCAGUCCUCCCGCUCUUUGUGCUUUUUUGACUCUUUCUUUCAUUUAUCUUGAAGGCUCAUCUCCAAGUGUAUUUGCAUUGGUCCAAGCUAAAGACCAGGCUCCCCAAAGACCCAUAUCCUAGCCUCUUGGAGAGAGAACACGGCACAAGAUACAAGAAAAGAAAAGCUUACAGCACCUGGUAUUCCCAGGCGGUCUCCCAUCCAAGAACUAACCAGGCCCGACCCUGCUUACCUUCCGAGAUCGGACGAGAUCGGGCGUGUUCAGGGUGGUAUGGCCGUAAGCGAUGACACAGGCUCCAAAUGAGCUAUUCGAACGUGCUCCUGUGUGGUUCUCUCAAUUAUAAUCAGCAUUUCACUUUAAUGAACAAUGCCUCGCUCAAGAAAACACCCGGAUACGCAGUCAAGCUUAGUUUUACAGCCUAUCUCUGCAGUCCAUCAUGCUCCACUCCUUUGCUCCACUUCAUAACAAGAUCUCAGUCCUCCCGCUCUUUGUGCUUUUUUGACUUUUUCUUUCAUUUAUCUUGAAGGCUCAUCUCCAAGUGUAUUUGCAUUGGUCCAAGCUAAAGACCAGGCUCCCCAAAGACCCAUAUCCUAGCCUCUUGGAGAGAGAACACGGCACAAGAUACAAGAAAAGAAAAGCUUACAGCACCUGGUAUUCCCAGGCGGUCUCCCAUCCAAGUACUAACCAGGCCCGACCCUGCUUAGCUUCCGAGAUCGGACGAGAUCGGGCGUGUUCAGGGUGGUAUGGCCGUAAGCGAUGACACAGGCUCCAAAUGAGCUAUUCGAACGUGCUCCUGUGUGGUUCUCUCAAUUAUAAUCAGCAUUUCACUUUAAUGAACAAUGCGUCGCUCAAGAAAACACCCGGAUACGCAAUCAAGCUUAGUUUUACAGCCUAUCUCUGCAGUCCAUCAUGCUCCACUCCUUUGCUCCGCUUCAUGACAAGAUCUCAGUCCUCCCGCUCUUUGUGCUUUUUUUGACUUUUUCUUUCAUUUAUCUUGAAGGCUCAUCUCCAAGUGUAUUUGCAUUGGUCCAAGCUAAAGACCAGGCUCCCCAAAGACCCAUAUCCUAGCCUCUUGGAGAGAGAACACGGCACAAGAUACAAGAAAAGAAAAGCUUACAGCACCUGGUAUUCCCAGGCGGUCUCCCAUCCAAGUACUAACCAGGCCCGACCCUGCUUAGCUUCCGAGAUCGGACGAGAUCGGGCGUGUUCAGGGUGGUAUGGCCGUAAGCCAUGACACAGGCUCCAAAUGAGCUAUUCGAACGUGCUCCUGUGUGGUUCUCUCAAUUAUAAUCAGCAUUUCACUUUAAUGAACAAUGCGUCGCUCAAGAAAACACCCGGAUACGCAGUCAAGCUUAGUUUUACAGCCUAUCUCUGCAGUCCAUCAUGCUCCACUCCUUUGCUCCACUUCAUGACAAGAUCUCAGUCCUCCCGCUCUUUGUGCUUUUUUGACUUUUUCUUUCAUUUAUCUUGAAGGCUCAUCUCCAAGUGUAUUUGCAUUGGUCCAAGCUAAAGACCAGGCUCCCCAAAGACCCAUAUCCUAGCCUCUUGGAGAGAGAACACGGCACAAGAUACAAGAAAAGAAAAGCUUACAGCACCUGGUAUUCCCAGGCGGUCUCCCAUCCAAGUACUAACCAGGCCCGACCCUGCUUAGCUUCCGAGAUCGGACGAGAUCGGGCGUGUUCAGGGUGGUAUGGCCGUAAGCGAUCACACAGGCUCCAAAUGAGCUAUUCGAACGUGCUCCUGUGUGGUUCUCUCAAUUAUAAUCAGCAUUUCACUUUAAUGAACAAUGCGUCGCUCAAGAAAACACCCGGAUACGCAGUCAAGCUUAGUUUUACAGCCUAUCUCUGCAGUCCAUCAUGCUCCACUCCUUUGCUCCACUUCAUGACAAGAUCUCAGUCCUCCCGCUCUUUGUGCUUUUUUGACUCUUUCUUUCAUUUAUCUUGAAGGCUCAUCUCCAAGUGUAUUUGCAUUGGUCCAAGCUAAAGACCAGGCUCCCCAAAGACCCAUAUCCUAGCCUCUUGGAGAGAGAACACGGCACAAGAUACAAGAAAAGAAAAGCUUACAGCACCUGGUAUUCCCAGGCGGUCUCCCAUCCAAGUACUAACCAGGCCCGACCCUGCUUAGCUUCCGAGAUCAGACGAGAUCGGGCGUGUUCAGGGUGGUAUGGCCGUAAGCGAUGACACAGGCUCCAAAUGAGCUAUUCGAACGUGCUCCUGUGUGGUUCUCUCAAUUAUAAUCAGCAUUUCACUUUAAUGAACAAUGCGUCGCUCAAGAAAACACCCGGAUACGCAAUCAAGCUUAGUUUUACAGCCUAUCUCUGCAGUCCAUCAUGCUCCACUCCUUUGCUCCGCUUCAUGACAAGAUCUCAGUCCUCCCGCUCUUUGUGCUUUUUUGACUUUUUCUUUCAUUUAUCUUGAAGGCUCAUCUCCAAGUGUAUUUGCAUUGGUCCAAGCUAAAGACCAGGCUCCCCAAAGACCCAUAUCCUAGCCUCUUGGAGAGAGAACACGGCACAAGAUACAAGAAAAGAAAAGCUUACAGCACCUGGUAUUCCCAGGCGGUCUCCCAUCCAAGUACUAACCAGGCCCGACCCUGCUUAGCUUCCGAGAUCGGACGAGAGCGGGCGUGUUCAGGGUGGUAUGGCCGUAAGCGAUGACACAGGCUCCAAAUGAGCUAUUUGAACGUGCUCCUGUGUGCUUCUCUCAAUUAUAAUCAGCAUUUCACUUUCAAUGAUGUUACGGCUGUGUGUUUGUUUUUGCAUGUGUUUUUCCCCUUUUGUCUCUCCAUAGCUGCCCAGGUGAAAUCACUUGAGUGACAAUCAGACUCACCUGGUGCUGGGAGUCUAAAAGCCCAGAGCUGCCUGCAGUCUGGAGAGGCAUUUGGUGGGGAACUGCUGCCCUGCUGCCUCUCAUUUGUGUUGUGGGUGCUUUGUGUCUAGUUUGCAAUUUUGUCACAAUAAAUCACGUGUUAAACUUUUGAAGGUGUUUUGUUAAUUUGAUGGGUACAAAGUUGAGGAUAGUUGUUCGCCCCAUAGGGCCGCCUAAGGGUGGGGCGUAACAAUGAACAAUGCGUCGCUCAAGAAAACACCCGGAUACGCAGUCAAGCUUAGUUUUACAGCCUAUCUCUGCAGUCCAUCAUGCUCCACUCCUUUGCUCCGCUUCAUGACAAGAUCUCAGUCCUCCCGCUCUUUGUGCUUUUUUGACUCUUUCUUUCAUUUAUCUUGAAGGCUCAUCUCCAAGUGUAUUUGCAUUGGUCCAAGCUAAAGACCAGGCUCCCCAAAGACCCAUAUCCUAGCCUCUUGGAGAGAGAACACGGCACAAGAUACAAGAAAAGAAAAGCUUACAGCACCUGGUAUUCCCAGGCGGUCUCCCAUCCAAGUACUAACCAGGCCCGACCUUGCUUAGCUUCCGAGAUCGGACGAGAUCGGGCGUGUUCAGGGUGGUAUGGCCGUAAGCGAUGACACAGGCUCCAAAUGAGCUAUUUCAACGUGCUCCUGUGUGGUUCUCUCAAUUAUAAUCAGCAUUUCACUUUCAAUGAACAAUGCGUCGCUCAAGAAAACACCCGGAUACGCAGUCAAGCUUAGUUUUAUAGCCUAUCUCUGCAGUCCAUCAUGCUCCACUCCUUUGCUCCGCUUCAUGACAAGAUCUCAGUCCUCCCGCUCUUUGUGCUUUUUUGACUUUUUCUUUCAUUUAUCUUGAAGGCUCAUCUCCAAGUGUAUUUGCAUUGGUCCAAGCUAAAGACCAGGCUCCCCAAAGACCCAUAUCCUAGCCUCUUGGAGAGAGAACACGGCACAAGAUACAAGAAAAGAAAAGCUUACAGCACCUGGUAUUCCCAGGCGGUCUCCCAUCCAAGUACUAACCAGGCCCGACCCUGCUUAGCUUCCGAGAUCGGACGAGAUCGGGCGUGUUCAGGGUGGUAUGGCCGUAAGCGAUGACACAGGCUCCAAAUGAGCUAUUUGAACGUCCUCCUGUGUGGUUCUCUCAAUUAGAAUCAGCAUUUCACUUUCAAUGAACAAUGCGUCGCUCAAGAAAACACCCGCAUACGCAGUCAAGCUUAGUUUUACAGCCUAUCUCUGCAGUCCAUCAUGCUCCACUCCUUUGCUCCGCUUCAUGACAAGAUCUCAGUCCUCCCGCUCUUUGUGCUUUUUUGACUCUUUCUUUCAUUUAUCUUGAAGGCUCAUCUCCAAGUGUAUUUGCAUUGGUCCAAGCUAAAGACCAGGCUCCCCAAAGACCCAUAUCCUAGCCUCUUGGAGAGAGAACACGGCACAAGAUACAAGAAAAGAAAAGCUUACAGCACCUGGUAUUCCCAGGCGGUCUCCCAUCCAAGUACUAACCAGGCCCGACCCUGCUUAGCUUCCGAGAUCGGACGAGAUCGGGCGUGUUCAGGGUGGUAUGGCCGUAAGCGAUGACACAGGCUCCAAAUGAGCUAUUUGAACGUGCUCCUGUGUGGUUCUCUCAAUUAGAAUCAGCAUUUCACUUUCAAUGAACAAUGCGUCGCUCAAGAAAACACCCGCAUACGCAGUCAAGCUUAGUUUUACAGCCUAUCUCUGCAGUCCAUCAUGCUCCACUCCUUUGCUCCGCUUCAUGACAAGAUCUCAGUCCUCCCGCUCUUUGUGCUUUUUUGACUCUUUCUUUCAUUUAUCUUGAAGGCUCAUCUCCAAGUGUAUUUGCAUUGGUCCAAGCUAAAGACCAGGCUCCCCAAAGACCCAUAUCCUAGCCUCUUGGAGAGAGAACACGGCACAAGAUACAAGAAAAGAAAAGCUUACAGCACCUGGUAUUCCCAGGCGGUCUCCCAUCCAAGUACUAACCAGGCCCGACCCUGCUUAGCUUCCGAGAUCGGACGAGAUCGGGCGUGUUCAGGGUGGUAUGGCCGUAAGCGAUGACACAGGCUCCAAAUGAGCUAUUUGAACAUGCUCCUGUGUGGUUCUCUCAAUUAGAAUCAGCAUUUCACUUUCAAUAACAAUGCGUCGCUCAAGAAAACACCCGCAUACGCAGUCAAGCUUAGUUUUACAGCCUAUCUCUGCAGUCCAUCAUGCUCCACUCCUUUGCUCCGCUUCAUGACAAGAUCUCAGUCCUCCCGCUCUUUGUGCUUUUUUGACUCUUUCUUUCAUUUAUCUUGAAGGCUCAUCUCCAAGUGUAUUUGCAUUGGUCCAAGCUAAAGACCAGGCUCCCCAAAGACCCAUAUCCUAGCCUCUUGGAGAGAGAACACGGCACAAGAUACAAGAAAAGAAAAGCUUACAGCACCUGGUAUUCCCAGGCGGUCUCCCAUCCAAGUACUAACCAGGCCCGACCCUGCUUAGCUUCCGAGAUCGGACGAGAUGGGGCGUGUUCAGGGUGGUAUGGCCGUAAGCGAUGACACAGGCUCCAAAUGAGCUAUUUGAACGUGCUCCUGUGUGGUUCUCUCAAUUAUAAUCAGCAUUUCACUUUCAAUGAACAAUGCGUCGCUCAAGAAAACACCCGGAUACGCAGUCAAGCUUAGUUUUACAGCCUAUCUCUGCAGUCCAUCAUGCUCCACUCCUUUGCUCCGCUUCAUGACAAGAUCUCAGUCCUCCCGCUCUUUGUGCUUUUUUGACUCUUUCUUUCAUUUAUCUUGAAGGCUCAUCUCCAAGUGUAUUUGCAUUGGUCCAAGCUAAAGACCAGGCUCCCCAAAGACCCAUAUCCUAGCCUCUUGGAGAGAGAACACGGCACAAGAUACAAGAAAAGAAAAGCUUACAGCACCUGGUAUUCCCAGGCGGUCUCCCAUCCAAGAACUAACCAGGCCCGACCCUGCUUACCUUCCGAGAUCGGACGAGAUCGGGCGUGUUCAGGGUGGUAUGGCCGUAAGCGAUGACACAGGCUCCAAAUGAGCUAUUCGAACGUGCUCCUGUGUGGUUCUCUCAAUUAUAAUCAGCAUUUCACUUUAAUGAACAAUGCCUCGCUCAAGAAAACACCCGGAUACGCAGUCAAGCUUAGUUUUACAGCCUAUCUCUGCAGUCCAUCAUGCUCCACUCCUUUGCUCCACUUCAUAACAAGAUCUCAGUCCUCCCGCUCUUUGUGCUUUUUUGACUUUUUCUUUCAUUUAUCUUGAAGGCUCAUCUCCAAGUGUAUUUGCAUUGGUCCAAGCUAAAGACCAGGCUCCCCAAAGACCCAUAUCCUAGCCUCUUGGAGAGAGAACACGGCACAAGAUACAAGAAAAGAAAAGCUUACAGCACCUGGUAUUCCCAGGCGGUCUCCCAUCCAAGUACUAACCAGGCCCGACCCUGCUUAGCUUCCGAGAUCGGACGAGAUCGGGCGUGUUCAGGGUGGUAUGGCCGUAAGCGAUGACACAGGCUCCAAAUGAGCUAUUCGAACGUGCUCCUGUGUGGUUCUCUCAAUUAUAAUCAGCAUUUCACUUUAAUGAACAAUGCGUCGCUCAAGAAAACACCCGGAUACGCAAUCAAGCUUAGUUUUACAGCCUAUCUCUGCAGUCCAUCAUGCUCCACUCCUUUGCUCCGCUUCAUGACAAGAUCUCAGUCCUCCCGCUCUUUGUGCUUUUUUUGACUUUUUCUUUCAUUUAUCUUGAAGGCUCAUCUCCAAGUGUAUUUGCAUUGGUCCAAGCUAAAGACCAGGCUCCCCAAAGACCCAUAUCCUAGCCUCUUGGAGAGAGAACACGGCACAAGAUACAAGAAAAGAAAAGCUUACAGCACCUGGUAUUCCCAGGCGGUCUCCCAUCCAAGUACUAACCAGGCCCGACCCUGCUUAGCUUCCGAGAUCGGACGAGAUCGGGCGUGUUCAGGGUGGUAUGGCCGUAAGCCAUGACACAGGCUCCAAAUGAGCUAUUCGAACGUGCUCCUGUGUGGUUCUCUCAAUUAUAAUCAGCAUUUCACUUUAAUGAACAAUGCGUCGCUCAAGAAAACACCCGGAUACGCAGUCAAGCUUAGUUUUACAGCCUAUCUCUGCAGUCCAUCAUGCUCCACUCCUUUGCUCCACUUCAUGACAAGAUCUCAGUCCUCCCGCUCUUUGUGCUUUUUUGACUUUUUCUUUCAUUUAUCUUGAAGGCUCAUCUCCAAGUGUAUUUGCAUUGGUCCAAGCUAAAGACCAGGCUCCCCAAAGACCCAUAUCCUAGCCUCUUGGAGAGAGAACACGGCACAAGAUACAAGAAAAGAAAAGCUUACAGCACCUGGUAUUCCCAGGCGGUCUCCCAUCCAAGUACUAACCAGGCCCGACCCUGCUUAGCUUCCGAGAUCGGACGAGAUCGGGCGUGUUCAGGGUGGUAUGGCCGUAAGCGAUCACACAGGCUCCAAAUGAGCUAUUCGAACGUGCUCCUGUGUGGUUCUCUCAAUUAUAAUCAGCAUUUCACUUUAAUGAACAAUGCGUCGCUCAAGAAAACACCCGGAUACGCAGUCAAGCUUAGUUUUACAGCCUAUCUCUGCAGUCCAUCAUGCUCCACUCCUUUGCUCCACUUCAUGACAAGAUCUCAGUCCUCCCGCUCUUUGUGCUUUUUUGACUCUUUCUUUCAUUUAUCUUGAAGGCUCAUCUCCAAGUGUAUUUGCAUUGGUCCAAGCUAAAGACCAGGCUCCCCAAAGACCCAUAUCCUAGCCUCUUGGAGAGAGAACACGGCACAAGAUACAAGAAAAGAAAAGCUUACAGCAACUGGUAUUCCCAGGCGGUCUCCCAUCCAAGUACUAACCAGGCCCGACCCUGCUUAGCUUCCGAGAUCAGACGAGAUCGGGCGUGUUCAGGGUGGUAUGGCCGUAAGCGAUGACACAGGCUCCAAAUGAGCUAUUCGAACGUGCUCCUGUGUGGUUCUCUCAAUUAUAAUCAGCAUUUCACUUUAAUGAACAAUGCGUCGCUCAAGAAAACACCCGGAUACGCAGUCAAGCUUAGUUUUACAGCCUAUCUCUGCAGUCCAUCAUGCUCCACUCCUUUGCUCCGCUUCAUGACAAGAUCUCAGUCCUCCCGCUCUUUGUGCUUUUUUGACUUUUUCUUUCAUUUAUCUUGAAGGCUCAUCUCCAAGUGUAUUUGCAUUGGUCCAAGCUAAAGACCAGGCUCCCCAAAGACCCAUAUCCUAGCCUCUUGGAGAGAGAACACGGCACAAGAUACAAGAAAAGAAAAGCUUACAGCACCUGGUAUUCCCAGGCGGUCUCCCAUCCAAGUACUAACCAGGCCCGACCCUGCUUAGCUUCCGAGAUCGGACGAGAGCGGGCGUGUUCAGGGUGGUAUGGCCGUAAGCGAUGACACAGGCUCCAAAUGAGCUAUUUGAACGUGCUCCUGUGUGCUUCUCUCAAUUAUAAUCAGCAUUUCACUUUCAAUGAUGUUACGGCUGUGUGUUUGUUUUUGCAUGUGUUUUUCCCCUUUUGUCUCUCCAUAGCUGCCCAGGUGAAAUCACUUGAGUGACAAUCAGACUCACCUGGUGCUGGGAGUCUAAAAGCCCAGAGCUGCCUGCAGUCUGGAGAGGCAUUUGGUGGGGAACUGCUGCCCUGCUGCCUCUCAUUUGUGUUGUGGGUGCUUUGUGUCUAGUUUGCAAUUUUGUCACAAUAAAUCACGUGUUAAACUUUUGAAGGUGUUUUGUUAAUUUGAUGGGUACAAAGUUGAGGAUAGUUGUUCGCCCCAUAGGGCCGCCUAAGGGUGGGGCGUAACAAUGAACAAUGCGUCGCUCAAGAAAACACCCGGAUACGCAGUCAAGCUUAGUUUUACAGCCUAUCUCUGCAGUCCAUCAUGCUCCACUCCUUUGCUCCGCUUCAUGACAAGAUCUCAGUCCUCCCGCUCUUUGUGCUUUUUUGACUCUUUCUUUCAUUUAUCUUGAAGGCUCAUCUCCAAGUGUAUUUGCAUUGGUCCAAGCUAAAGACCAGGCUCCCCAAAGACCCAUAUCCUAGCCUCUUGGAGAGAGAACACGGCACAAGAUACAAGAAAAGAAAAGCUUACAGCACCUGGUAUUCCCAGGCGGUCUCCCAUCCAAGUACUAACCAGGCCCGACCCUGCUUAGCUUCCAAGAUCGGACGAGAUGGGGCGUGUUCAGGGUGGUAUGGCCGUAAGCGAUGACACAGGCUCCAAAUGAGCUAUUUGAACGUGCUCCUGUGUGCUUCUCUCAAUUAUAAUCAGCAUUUCACUUUCAAUGAUGUUACGGCUGUGUGUUUGUUUUUGCAUGUGUUUUUCCCCUUUUGUCUCUCCAUAGCUGCCCAGGUGAAAUCACUUGAGUGACAAUCAGACUCACCUGGUGCUGGGAGUCUAAAAGCCCAGAGCUGCCUGCAGUCUGGAGAGGCAUUUGGUGGGGAACUGCUGCCCUGCUGCCUCUCAUUUGUGUUGUGGGUGCUUUGUGUCUAGUUUGCAAUUUUGUCACAAUAAAUCACGUGUUAAACUUUUGAAGGUGUUUUGUUAAUUUGAUGGGUACAAAGUUGAGGAUAGUUGUUCGCCCCAUAGGGCCGCCUAAGGGUGGGGCGUAACAAUGAACAAUGCGUCGCUCAAGAAAACACCCGGAUACGCAGUCAAGCUUAGUUUUACAGCCUAUCUCUGCAGUCCAUCAUGCUCCACUCCUUUGCUCCGCUUCAUGACAAGAUCUCAGUCCUCCCGCUCUUUGUGCUUUUUUGACUCUUUCUUUCAUUUAUCUUGAAGGCUCAUCUCCAAGUGUAUUUGCAUUGGUCCAAGCUAAAGACCAGGCUCCCCAAAGACCCAUAUCCUAGCCUCUUGGAGAGAGAACACAGCACAAGAUACAAGAAAAGAAAAGCUUACAGCACCUGGUAUUCCCAGGCGGUCUCCCAUCCAAGUACUAACCAGGCCCGACCCUGCUUAGCUUCCGAGAUCGGACGAGAUCGGGCGUGUUCAGGGUGGUAUGGCCGUAAGCGAUGACACAGGCUCCAAAUGAGCUAUUUGAACGUGCUCCUGUGUGGUUCUCUCAAUUAUAAUCAGCAUUUCACUUUCAAUGAACAAUGCGUCGCUCAAGAAAACACCCGGAUACGCAGUCAAGCUUAGUUUUACAGCCUAUCUCUGCAGUCCAUCAUGCUCCACUCCUUUGCUCCGCUUCAUGACAAGAUCUCAGUCCUCCCGCUCUUUGUGCUUUUUUGACUCUUUCUUUCAUUUAUCUUGAAGGCUCAUCUCCAAGUGUAUUUGCAUUGGUCCAAGCUAAAGACCAGGCUCCCCAAAGACCCAUAUCCUAGCCUCUUGGAGAGAGAACACGGCACAAGAUACAAGAAAAGAAAAGCUUACAGCACCUGGUAUUCCCAGGCGGUCUCCCAUCCAAGUACUAACCAGGCCCGACCCUGCUUAGCUUCCGAGAUCGGACGAGAUCGGGCGUGUUCAGGGUGGUAUGGCCGUAAGCGAUGACACAGGCUCCAAAUGAGCUAUUUGAACGUGCUCCUGUGUGCUUCUCUCAAUUAUAAUCAGCAUUUCACUUUCAAUGAACAAUGCGUCGCUCAAGAAAACACCCGCAUACGCAGUCAAGCUUAGUUUUACAGCCUAUCUCUGCAGUCCAUCAUGCUCCACUCCUUUGCUCCGCUUCAUGACAAGAUCUCAGUCCUCCCGCUCUUUGUGCUUUUUUGACUCUUUCUUUCAUUUAUCUUGAAGGCUCAUCUCCAAGUGUAUUUGCAUUGGUCCAAGCUAAAGACCAGGCUCCCCAAAGACCCAUAUCCUAGCCUCUUGGAGAGAGAACACGGCACAAGAUACAAGAAAAGAAAAGCUUACAGCACCUGGUAUUCCCAGGCUGUCUCCCAUCCAAGUACUAACCAGGCCCGACCCUGCUUAGCUUCCGAGAUCGGACGAGAUCGGGCGUGUUCAGGGUGGUAUGGCCGUAAGCGAUGACACAGGCUCCAAAUGAGCUAUUUGAACGUGCUCCUGUGUGCUUCUCUCAAUUAUAAUCAGCAUUUCACUUUCAAUGAACAAUGCGUCGCUCAAGAAAACACCCGCAUACGCAGUCAAGCUUAGUUUUACAGCCUAUCUCUGCAGUCCAUCAUGCUCCACUCCUUUGCUCCGCUUCAUGACAAGAUCUCAGUCCUCCCGCUCUUUGUGCUUUUUUGACUUUUUCUUUCAUUUAUCUUGAAGGCUCAUCUCCAAGUGUAUUUGCAUUGGUCCAAGCUAAAGACCAGGCUCCCCAAAGACCCAUAUCCUAGCCUCUUGGAGAGAGAACACGGCACAAGAUACAAGAAAAGAAAAGCUUACAGCACCUGGUAUUCCCAGGCGGUCUCCCAUCCAAGUACUAACCAGGCCCGACCCUGCUUAGCUUCCGAGAUCGGACGAGAUCGGGCGUGUUUUUUUUUUAUCUUUUAUUAUCAAAAAUAUAUUCACAAAAUUCCAUCUUUACAAAUCACAGUCACAGUCAACAAUAAAAAUAAAAUAAACAACAUAAUAGAAAAAACCUUUGGAAAAAAAAAAAACAACAUAAAUUAUAUGAACCCAAACAAUCUGCAAAUUAAAAUAAAAGAGCUUCAUAAAUUAAGUGUGAUAUUGUUUUGAUGUACUGUAAAAAGAGUGUGUCCAGUGUUCAAAAGCUGAUUGAAAGUGUCCGGGAUGGCGAAGAAGCAGUUUUUCAGAUGGUUCAGAAAUAGGGUUUUGAAAAAAGGAAGCAGUGACAGAGUCCGGUUUUCGUAUAAAGCAUAGUUCCUGACAGUCCAGACUGAAAAUCUUGUGUAGCUGAGGAUGGUGUUGAUGAUGUGAGUAUGCUGAUGUGCAGAAUUCUUUUUUAGUCCGAAUAAAAAAAGCAAAGUCCAUUUUGUGUCACUUCCACAGUGGAAAUUGCAGGCGCUCUGUAUUGUCCGCCGUAUUGUGGAGUAGAAGGCUCUUACAAGACUACAAUCCAAGAAGAGGUGCUCCAAAUCUUCAUCCUGUUCAUUGCAUUUUUUACAUUUUCUUUCGUAUUUUCCCUUGUUGAUUUGAUGCAGAACGAUGCCUGUGAAAAUCCUCCUGUGCUUAAUUUUGAAAUCUAGAUGUUGUAGCGUUGGGGGAGUGAAGAGACCUCCCCCACUGGUCCAUAUUGAUUUGGUGUUAAAACCCGGAAAGAUUUGAGCCCAGAUCUUUUCGGUAGUUGGAGUUCUUUUGAUUUCGGCUAUGAGGAGUUUGUACCAUGCUUUUGUUUUAAUCUCUUGCACUGGGACCGGGUUAUUGUUUUGGCACAGGAGGAAAUUCAAGUCAUCGUUCUGCAUCGAGAUGUCUUUUGUCUGCAUUAUUCUUUCCCAAAACAGAGUUACUGUAUUUUUUAUUUUUUCCGUAAUUGACCUUAUGCUGCAUUUUCUGAAAUUAAUAUUUUUGUUUUUUAGCACACCAAAAAUAAAAUCUAGUUUGACGCUAAAGUCAUCAUUCAUUAUAUCUCUGAUCCACAACAGACCAGCCUCCAUCAGGUGUGAACUCGUUAUUGUUUUCCCCUUAUGCAAAAAACAAGGGUUUUUAAGGAAGGGUAAUCGAAACACAUCCUCUUUAUUCCUGCAUAUCGGCAUGAGGUGGGGCAGCAAUUUGCCCCAUGCCUCAACAAUCUCCCGGUAGAACGGCUUAAGCUCACCAACUACCUUCUCCGGGUGAAGUAUACACAGAUUGCGUACGUCCCUCAGCCCGAAGUUGGACAAUUGGCUUGCCAGCGCGUCCUCCCAGGGAUAGUGCCUGUUUGGAUCUAGAAAUUUACUAAUUAAUUUUGCCCUGAGCGCAUCUUUUUUGGCUCCAAUAUCAAUCUGCCCUAAACCCCCUCCCUUUUGUUAGCAAUUAGCACUCUGUGAGCGAUCAGAUUUCCCUUUCCUCUCCACAAAAAGGAGGAUAUUACACUAUUGAGUGAAUUUAGCGCCCAAUGCGGCAACUCACAGACCCCCAUUAUAUGGUUGAUUUUGGACAGUACUAGUGCAUUUGUUACAAUUACCCUUCCUUUUAGUGUUAAACCUCUGGCUUUCCAGAGAUUGAGAAUAUUUUUUGUUUUGGUAAUCACUAUUUCCCAGUUGGUUCUUGUUGCUUCAUUUUCGUUUUUCCCAACAUAAACACCCAGGAUUCUUUUUGGUUUGUUUACUUCUGCAAAGUUCCAUUUAUUUACGCUGUCAACAUUUGAUCCACAAAACAUAAUCUCGCUCUUUUCCAGGUUCAUUUUCGCUCCAGCUACCUUCUCGUAAUCAUGAAUGUGUUUCAAAACCUUAUCGAUACUAUGGCUGUCUAAAACCAUGAUGUUUAUGUCGUCUGCAUACUGGGUUAUUUUUGUUGUUCUGUUGUAACCUGUUGGUAUUCCUUUAAUGUCUUUGUCCUGUAGGAUAUGAAGAGCUAAGGGUUCUGCUACUAUUGAAUAGAGUAGUGCUGAUAGUGGGCAACCUUGUCUAACUGAUCUGUUUAUUGUGAAAAAUUCUGUGAGGAAACCAUUGACCUUAAUACAGCUUUUUGCAUUAUUGUAAAGAAGUUUUAUCCAGUUGAUGAAUUUUGAACCGAAACCAAAAGCCUGUAGAAUAUUGAAAAGAAAAGUGUGAUCAACUCUGUCAAACGCUUUUUCAAGAUCUAUACUGAGCAGAAACCCUUUGUCUUUCUGCAUGUUAUGUAUUGUUUCUUUUAUGGUCAAUAUGGAAUCACUGAUGUCUCUUCCUGGUAUGCUGUAAGAUUGUGUACUAUUUAUGAUGGAACCCGAAACCUGUUUUAGUCUAUUUGCUAGAAUUUUUGUUAGGAUUUUGUAAUCAGUAUUCAGUAGACUGAUGGGGCGGUAAUUUUUGAUAAGUUUAUUGUCACCUUUUUUGAAAAUUAGCGAGAUUAUUCCUUCGGUUAGCGUUGCAGGCACUCUUUUGUUAUCCAACAUAUCUCUGUAAAGUUUAUUCAGGAGCGGUGUAAGCUCCUCUUGGAACUUCACAUAGAACUCUGCAGUCAGUCCAUCUGAACCUGGACUUUUAUUUUUGUUUAGCGCCUGUAUGGCGUUUUUUAUUUCUUCUUCAGUAAUUUCUGAAUCACACCAGUCUUUAUCUUGUCUUUCAAGUUUUUUAUUUAUACAUUUUAUAUAUUCCGGUAUUUCUUUUUCUUUUAAGUCCUUCUGUUUGGAGAAAAGCUGUUUGUAAAAUUGAUAUGUAUGGUCUAAGAUUUCAUCAGUUUCAAACAGCGUUUGUCCUUUAUUGUCUGUUAGUUGAUUGAUGUAUGAUUUGUUCUGUUUCUUUUUUUCCAAGCCGAGAAAAAAGAAGUGCAUUUUUCACCUUCUGUUGUAUAUUUCACUUUGCUUCUAAUGAUUGCCCCUUUGCACUUCUUUAUUUCUAUGUUUCUUAAUUGUUCUUUGUAAAUUUCAUAUUGCUCACAUGAUCUGUGUAUGUCAGUGUUUAGCAGUAUAGUUUCAUCUGCUAAAAAUUUUUUUAAUUUUAUUUCUUCUCUGGUUUCAAACCAUUUUUUCCUCUUGCUGUAGUUUAUGCAGGUUUUUUUUAUUCUGUUUUUUAUGUCAUCCCAUGAAUCGGUUAUGUUCUCUUUUUCAACUGUUUCAGCUUUGAUGUUUUCCAAUAAAUUUUUUAUUUUAUAUAUUAAAGCUUUGUCAUUUAGGAUGCUGGAGUUUAGACACCAUAUGCCAGCUCCUCUAGUUUUAUUAUCUAUGCCUUGUUCCCAUUGUAAAAUAUCGUGAUCACUCCAUACAUUAGGUUUAUACUGUAUAUUGUUAAUUUCUUGAAUAGUGUUUUUUGCAGCUAGUAAAAGAUCAAUCCUUGAUUGUUUUAGUUUUCCUAGUACUGUCUGUUUUCUGGAGAAGUGGGUGCUAUUUGUAUUGUUAAUUCUCCAUAAAUCCACCAGGUUGUGCUCUUGCAUUAUUUUCAGUAAUUGUGUUCUGCUUGUGUCAUUUCUGAAUUUAUUGUUUGAUGAUAAGUCUAUUUUGUUCAGCACUAUGUUGAAAUCCCCUACUAUUAUUGUAUUAUCAUUUAUCCAUUUUACUAUUUCUUUGAGUUGAAAUAAUCUCUCCCUUUCGUUGUUUUCACCAUGAAAGUUUAUAAUUCUAUAUGUUUUAUUUCUAUACAAGAUAUCUAUAAUUAAAAUUUUACCUCUUUUGUCUUUAUAAAUCUCUUUACUAUGUUCUAGUAAGUUAUUAUUUAUCAUAACAGCUACCCCCCCUGCUUUCCCCACCCCAAACCCCACAAAGAUCUUCCCACAGUAAAGUUUUUGUAUUUGAAGAAGGGUUUGAGGUGACCAGCCGGUUUCCUGUAGACAAAUAAUGUCUUGUUGAGUUGAGUUGAAAAAAGAGACCAUUUUAUGUGAGGAGCAGAGACCAUUAAUGUUGAGGGAGAUAGCUGUGAACAUUAUAAGAAAGGAGAAGAGUGGUCUAUAAAUCAUUCCUAUUAAUCUGAGAAGUCGAAAUUUGGACUCAAUCUAGGUCAGUCAAUUUUCCUUCUCCAUGUUUUUUCCUGUCCUUUUUUUUCUUCCUAAUUUCCACCACUUUACCAUCUAAAUCCGAUUCCGAUUCUGUCAGAGAUGAUGUGGGCUUCAGCUUUUCACACGGGCCGAGGUUUUCCCUUCCCGGCCCCACCGGCUGCGCUCUGCUGCCUGUCUUUGCCGCUUUUUUUCGCGGUGGCAGAAACUCAAUACCCUCUGCAAGGGCUGAAGGGGCUUCGGGGGUCUCCGGCGUAGCACGCGCUCUCAGAGCCCCGUCCGUCUCCCUCCCUCGCACAUUUUUCUGUGCGGCUCUUGAGCUUGGACUCGGCUCGAAACCCUCACUUUGGGACCCACGAGCCUGGAGUUCCUCCUCCAUGUCCACAGAGCUUUCAGCCACAAUUACGCACGUCUCAUCUGCCCCGUUUCCCUCACUUUCGACGCCACUCAUGUGAUCAUCGUUAGUGGGAGAGCACUGUUGUUGUUCCCCACCCUCGCUCUCAGAAUUUCUGCAAAUGCAUCUCCCCAUGUCAUUAAAACAAAUUGUGCACUUGACUGGUGCGUUUGCACACUCCCGUGCGUAAUGGCCCUGCUCCCCACAUUUAUGACAUAUAAACUCUGGGCAUUCUCUGAAAAUAUGGCCCGGUUGUAUGCAUAAUCUGCAUACUUUCACCUGUCUGUCAUGUAUGACCCUAAAAAAUUCAGCACCUGUUGCAGUAUUAAAUUUUGCCGAGUAAGGCAGUGACUGGAUGUCUUUUGUGAAUUUUACCUUACAGUAUCUUGUACCGUCGGCGAUGUUUGUGCCGGGCCACAUUCUCCUUUUUAUCGGGGAUACAGCUGAAACUCCCCACAUUUGUAGUUUGUUCUGAAUGUCCGCGUCCGGGAUGUAAGCAGGCAGGUUCAAAAAAGAGACCACCAGCUCGUCAUUUGAAAGCUCCCUCGCCCACACAUUCACAGCUCCAAUCUUUAGACCCUCCAUCAGUCUCUCUUUUCCUUUCCCAUGGUUCAUCGUGACUUCGUAUUUCCUCUCCCCGACAUAUCUGCAUGCCACCACCGCUCCACACGCCAGCCUCACCGCCCUCAGAAGUUCCGUCACCGUCACUUUCUCUUGUCCCUCCAGCUCCAGCAUCACUGUCAACUCCUUUCUAUAAUUCAAUUGUAGAUCGUCAUUCUUCUUUUCUUUCUCCAUAUUCCUUUUUCCAUCUCUUAAACUGUCCGUAGUCGAAACCGUGGGAAUUUCUCUGCCGUUUUCCGUGUCUUUUACCAUUUUGUCCAUCUUGUGAGACAGCGUUUGUGUGCCGCAGCACACUGAACGCCACGUCACCAAACAAAAAGAGGAUCAAAACUCCUCACCCCCAGGCAGUAGAAAACCCCUGCCAGGGGUACAAAACAAAAAAAAGAUACAAAAUACCUACCACUAUUUACGAUCAAAUAUCUAACUUACCUAAAAAAAACUUUUUUCACUUCUUUCCUCACAAUCUCUCUGACUCAAAACUACCGUGUGCAUGCACCAAAAAAAUGGGCGUGUUCAGGGUGGUAUGGCCGUAAGCGAUGACACAGGCUCCAAAUGAGCUAUUUGAACAUGCUCCUGUGUGGUUCUCUCAAUUAGAAUCAGCAUUUCACUUUCAAUGAACAAUGCGUCGCUCAAGAAAACACCCGCAUACGCAGUCAAGCUUAGUUUUACAGCCUAUCUCUGCAGUCCAUCAUGCUCCACUCCUUUGCUCCGCUUCAUGACAAGAUCUCAGUCCUCCCGCUCUUUGUGCUUUUUUGACUCUUUCUUUCAUUUAUCUUGAAGGCUCAUCUCCAAGUGUAUUUGCAUUGGUCCAAGCUAAAGACCAGGCUCCCCAAAGACCCAUAUCCUAGCCUCUUGGAGAGAGAACACGGCACAAGAUACAAGAAAAGAAAAGCUUACAGCACCUGGUAUUCCCAGGCGGUCUCCCAUCCAAGUACUAACCAGGCCCGACCCUGCUUAGCUUCCGAGAUCGGACGAGAUCGGGCGUGUUCAGGGUGGUAUGGCCGUAAGCGAUGACACAGGCUCCAAAUGAGCUAUUUGAACGUGCUCCUGUGUGCUUCUCUCAAUUAUAAUCAGCAUUUCACUUUCAAUGAACAAUGCGUCGCUCAAGAAAACACCCGGAUACGCAGUCAAGCUUAGUUUUACAGCCUAUCUCUGCAGUCCAUCAUGCUCCACUCCUUUGCUCCGCUUCAUGACAAGAUCUCAGUCCUCCCGCUCUUUGUGCUUUUUUGACUCUUUCUUUCAUUUAUCUUGAAGGCUCAUCUCCAAGUGUAUUUGCAUUGGUCCAAGCUAAAGACCAGGCUCCCCAAAGACCCAUAUCCUAGCCUCUUGGAGAGAGAACACGGCACAAGAUACAAGAAAAGAAAAGCUUACAGCACCUGGUAUUCCCAGGCAAACUCUCCUCCAAGUCCUUAUCCGAUCCUCAAAUUGACCAAUGGUUGAGCGACGUUGAGCAGUCAGCGACCAAUGGUUGAGCGACGUUGAGCAGGUCGAGCAGUCUCAGCGUCCAAUCAUUGAGCAGCAGCCGGUCUGUCAGUCACUGCUAGUGUUUCACAGACAGUGAUUGAUAGCCCGCAUUGACUGAACACGAACGGACAAGUUAACCUUUCGGAUCUCCAUCUCUUCUGACUUUUUACGACUACAGGUAAGUUUAUCAAGGGAGCAUGUGUGGGAAGUGUUUUUUGAAGCACUUUUCCGGCCGUGGUACUGCUACGAAGUUAACGUACCUCUUUCGUGAACAGCGGCCUGUGUCGCCCACAGCGGAUUGACUGAACACGAACGGACAAGUUAACCUCUUGGAUCUCCAUCUCUUUUGACUUUUUACGACUACAGGUAAAUUUAUCAAGGGAGCAUGUGUGGGAAGUAUUGUAUGAAGCACUUUUCCGGCCGUGGUACUGCUACGAAGUUAACGUACCUCUUUCGUGAACAGCGGCCUGUGUCGCCCACAGCGGAUGAGUAUGCGCGAGCUACUGGAGUAAGCUAGUAGCACCGCCACGGCAAACUAACAGGGAAACACUACUGAGAAAUACAGAAAAAACUACAUUGAAAAACAGACCAACCACUUUCGUAGUUUUCUUUCUGGCUGCAUAAAUAUUUUCUGACCGCGUCACAAGAACACAGUGUCUGUGUGUGCAGUGUCAUGUACAGGGGUUGAAACUUUCAGUGUCAUCAUGUACAUUAAAUUGCACCUAGUUUAUUAUUCUUGUUUCUUAACAGGGUUAUGUGAUACUGGUCAAUCUAAGACUGUUUAAAUCCAAGAGUUUUAACAAUUAUAGUUAGCCAUUUGAGUCGAAUCUACUAAAUGAAAUCUGGUCAUCUCUUAGGACAAGAAUACACAUGGUUUUGGCAAAAUAGGCUGUUUAAAAAUCAUACUACGUUGCUUUUAGGCAAAUAGGACUGCCAUAAUUAUCUAUCUAUUCAUCAUAAUACAUUAUGACUGAUAUUUCUUCAUAUUUCACUUCACCAGGUAUGGACAGAGUAAAUAAGUGCAGUGUAUGUGACAAGGUCUUCACGGAAAAGUCCAACCUUACACGCCACAUGAAAAUCCAUGCACCAAAGGAGAACCAGUGUGAUGUUUGUGGAAAAAGCUUCACAACCAAACCCCAGCUGAACAACCACAUCAAGCUGCAUCAGUAUCCAAGCAUCCCUCUGUACAGGCAGGGAGAGGCCAGGCUGCAGUGUACUGAUGCAGCUAGGGCUGUCACAGAGGCUCCGAGGAAAGUUGUAGACCCUACCUGGCUGGAUCCCGUGAAGGCGGAGGCUGCUGCAAAGACACUUGGUGGGGAAAUGUGGAAAGGGCAGUUAGUUCUGACCUUGGGGAAGUAUGCUGGACAGUCCUUUAGAUGGCUCCUGGAAAACGAUGUUGGCUGGGUCGUGUGGCUGCUUGCCGAGUACUGCAAGAAAGGUGAAAAAGCUGAGCUUCUACAGUGGCAAAAGGAGCGAAUGUUGGAGUAUGCGAGACAAUUCCCCUCUGUAACAUGUCAUCUUGAGAAGCGGUUGGGGGUUAGAUGACUCUUUUCAUUCCUUAUACUUAGAAAUGGAUGAUAUUUUGAAUAAUCAGUGCUGAAGUAAUACCGGAUGUAUAUAUCACUGUAGGUAAGAGGCUCAUAGAAGUAAACUGGAAUCUGUUUUUUUUUUUUUUCAUAUUUAAUUUUCAGAAACAGACGUCACCAAAAGCCGACUCAGAGCUUCACCAGGACCUUAGCUAUGCAACCGAUGCUGAGUUAUUGGCUGUUGCAGGUAAACUUAUGCUGGAGAGGAUUGAAAUGACCUCAGUAGGAUUAUUUUGGUAAAAUAUGGUUAUCCAGGUAAAAUACAGGAUGUUUAUUAGUAGGCAGCAGAAAACAAUCAAAUGCAUAUCUUUUUCUGUGAUGUCUAUCUUCAUCAGAAUCUUACCUUGACACGUCGGAGGUGGCAGUCUCCACAAAGCUCACCACCUGGGGAGAGCUUACUCCAGCUGUGUGUCUGGACACUAGGCCUGAAACUUCAUGCCCAGCACCAACAUCUGCCUCUGAUUCUGGCAUCAUUUUGGAGGGUUGGCAGAAGUACUGGGAGAAUCCACCUGCAGCUUCCCAAGCCCUCGGAAUAGCCCUCCCAAACAUCAAGUGGCUUAAAUCUAAUGAGACAUUUGGCCUCUUUGAAAGGGCCUCAAAAUACAAAAAUGCCAAAGGAGAGAUAGUGGAGAGGAAGCUUCUCAAGGACAGAAUGGAGUUCCACCCACCCCCACCUCCUGUCUCGGUUAAGGUUGGAGCUAGGGUUAGGGUUAGGGUUAGGGUUGGAGCUAGGGUUAGGGUUAGGGUUAGGGUUGGAGCUAGGGUUAGGGUUAGGGUUAGUGUUGGAGCUAGGGUUAGGGUUGGGCUUGGAGCUAGGAUUUUUCUGAGUGCAAUGAACCAACUCCCGAGUCUCUAGGACGUUCCUAAAAAAAUUUGACUUUUUCCCAUAGGAAUGCAUGGGUUAGGGUUAGGAUUAGGGUUGGAGCUAGGGUUAGGGUUAGGGUUAGGGUUGGAGUUAGGGUUAGUGUUGGAGCUAGGGUUAGGGUUGGGCUUGGAGCUAGGAUUUUUCUGAGUGCAAUGAACCAACUCCCGAGUCUCUAGGACGUUCCUAAAAAAAUUUGAUUUUUUCCCAUAGGAAUGCAUGGGUUAGGGUUAGGGUUAGGGUUGGAGCUAGGGUUAGGGUUAGGGUUAGGGUUGGAGUUAGGGUUAGUGUUGGAGCUAGGGUUAGGGUUGGGCUUGGAGCUAGGAUUUUUCUGAGUGCAAUGAACCAACUCCCGAGUCUCUAGGACGUUCCUAAAAAAUUUGAUUUUUUCCCAUAGGAAUGCAUGGGUUAGGGUUAGGGUUAGGGUUGGAGCUAGGGUUAGGGUUAGGGUUAGGGUUGGAGUUAGGGUUAGUGUUGGAGCUAGGGUUAGGGUUGGGCUUGGACCUAGGAUUUUUCUGAGUGCAAUGAACCAACUCCCGAGUCUCUAGGACGUUCCUAAAAAAAUUUGAUUUUUUUUCCAUAGGAAUGCAUGGGUUAGGGAUAGGGUUAGGGUUGGAGCUAGGGUUAGGGUUAGGGUUAGGAUUAGGGUGGAGCUAGGGUUAGGGUUAGGGUUAGAGCUAGGGUUAGGGUUGGGGCAAGGGUUAGGGUUAGGGUUAAGGUUGGAGCUAGGGUUAGGGUUAGGGUUGGAGCCAGGGUUAGGGUUAGGGUUAGGGUUGGAGUUAGGGUUAGUGUUGGAGCUAGGGUUAGGGUUGGGCUUGGAGCUAGGAUUUUUCUCAGUGCAAUGAACCAACUCCCGAGUCUCUAGGACGUUCCUAAAAAAAUUUGACUUUUUCCCAUAGGAAUGCAUGGGUUAGGGUUAGGGUUAGGGUUGGAGCCAGGGUUAGGGUUAGGGUUAGGGUUGGAGUUAGGGUUAGUGUUGGAGCUAGGGUUAGGGUUGGGCUUGGAGCUAGGAUUUUUCUGAGUGCAAUGAACCAACUCCCGAGUCUCUAGGACGUUCCUAAAAAAAUUUGAUUUUUUUCCCAUAGGAAUGCAUGGGUUAGGGUUAGGAUUAGGGUUGGAGCUAGGGUUAGGGUUAGGGUUAGGGUUGGAGUUAGGGUUAGUGUUGGAGCUAGGGUUAGGGUUGGGCUUGGAGCUAGGAUUUUUCUGAGUGCAAUGAACCAACUCCCGAGUCUCUAGGACGUUCCUAAAAAAUUUGAUUUUUUCCCAUAGGAAUGCAUGGGUUAGGGUUAGGGUUAGGGUUGGAGCUAGGGUUAGGGUUAGGGUUAGGGUUGGAGUUAGGGUUAGUGUUGGAGCUAGGGUUAGGGUUGGGCUUGGACCUAGGAUUUUUCUGAGUGCAAUGAACCAACUCCCGAGUCUCUAGGACAUUCCUAAUAAAAUUUGAUUUUUUUUCCAUAGGAAUGCAUGGGUUAGGGUUAGGGUUAGGGUUGGAGCUAGGGUUAGGGUUAGGGUUAGGAUUAGGGUGGAGCUAGGGUUAGGGUUAGGGUUAGAGCUAGGGUUAGGGUUGGGGCAAGGGUUAGGGUUAGGGUUAAGGUUGGAGCUAGGGUUAGGGUUAGGGUUGGAGCCAGGGUUAGGGUUAGGGUUAGGGUUGGAGUUAGGGUUAGUGUUGGAGCUAGGGUUAGGGUUGGGCUUGGAGCUAGGAUUUUUCUCAGUGCAAUGAACCAACUCCCGAGUCUCUAGGACGUUCCUAAAAAAAUUUGACUUUUUCCCAUAGGAAUGCAUGGGUUAGGGUUAGGGUUAGGGUUGGAGCCAGGGUUAGGGUUAGGGUUAGGGUUGGAGUUAGGGUUAGUGUUGGAGCUAGGGUUAGGGUUGGGCUUGGAGCUAGGAUUUUUCUGAGUGCAAUGAACCAACUCCCGAGUCUCUAGGACGUUCCUAAAAAAAUUUGAUUUUUUCCCAUAGGAAUGCAUGGGUUAGGGUUAGGAUUAGGGUUGGAGCUAGGGUUAGGGUUAGGGUUAGGGUUGGAGUUAGGGUUAGUGUUGGAGCUAGGGUUAGGGUUGGGCUUGGAGCUAGGAUUUUUCUGAGUGCAAUGAACCAACUCCCGAGUCUCUAGGACGUUCCUAAAAAAAUUUGAUUUUUUCCCAUAGGAAUGCAUGGGUUAGGGUUAGGGUUAGGGUUGGAGCUAGGGUUAGGGUUAGGGUUAGGGUUGGAGUUAGGGUUAGUGUUGGAGCUAGGGUUAGGGUUGGGCUUGGAGCUAGGAUUUUUCUGAGUGCAAUGAACCAACUCCCGAGUCUCUAGGACGUUCCUAAAAAAAUUUGAUUUUUUCCCAUAGGAAUGCAUGGGUUAGGGUUAGGAAUAGGGUUGGAGCUAGGGUUAGGGUUAGGGUUAGUGUUGGAGCUAGGGUUAGGGUUGGGCUUGGAGCUAGGAUUUUUCUGAGUGCAAUGAACCAACUCCCGAGUCUCUAGGACGUUCCUAAAAAAAAUUGAUUUUUUCCCAUAGGAAUGCAUGGGUUAGGGUUAGGGUUAGGGUUGGAGCUAGGGUUAGGGUUAGGGUUAGGGUUGGAGUUAGGGUUAGUGUUGGAGCUAGGGUUAGGGUUGGGCUUGGAGCUAGGAUUUUUCUGAGUGCAAUGAACCAACUCCCGAGUCUCUAGGACGUUCCUAAAAAAAUUUGAUUUUUUCCCAUAGGAAUGCAUGGGUUAGGGUUAGGGUUAGGGUUGGAGCUAGGGUUAGGGUUAGGGUUAGGGUUGGAGUUAGGGUUAGUGUUGGAGCUAGGGUUAGGGUUGGGCUUGGAGCUAGGAUUUUUCUCAGUGCAAUGAACCAACUCCCGAGUCUCUAGGACGUUCCUAAAAAAAUUUGAUUUUUUCCCAUAGGAAUGCAUGGGUUAGGGUUAGGGUUAGGGUUGGAGCUAGGGUUAGGGUUAGGGUUAGGGUUGGAGUUAGGGUUAGUGUUGGAGCUAGGGUUAGGGUUGGGCUUGGAGCUAGGAUUUUUCUGAGUGCAAUGAACCAACUCCCGAGUCUCUAGGACGUUCCUAAAAAAAUUUGAUUUUUUUCCCAUAGGAAUGCAUGGGUUAGGGUUAGGGUUAGGGUUGGAGCUAGGGUUAGGGUUAGGGUUAGGGUUGGAGUUAGGGUUAGUGUUGGAGCUAGGGUUAGGGUUGGGCUUGGAGCUAGGAUUUUUCUGAGUGCAAUGAACCAACUCCCGAGUCUCUAGGACGUUCCUAAAAAAAUGUGAUUUUUUCCCAUAGGAAUGCAUGGGUUAGGGUUAGGGUUAGGGUUAGGGUUGGAGCAAGGGUUAGGGUUAGGGUUAGGGUUGGAGUUAGGGUUAGUGUUGGAGCUAGGGUUAGGGUUGGGCUUGGAGCUAGGAUUUUUCUGAGUGCAAUGAACCAACUCCCGAGUCUCUAGGACGUUCCUAAAAAAAUUUGUUGUUUACUUUGUUGCUGAAAUUUAUUGAUUAAAAAUAAACAAAAUUUAAACAACUGUAUAGAAUAAGAACAAGAAUCAGAAUCAGAAUCACAAGGGGUUUUAUUGCUAUUGUCAAUGAACAGGUUUCACAGACUAGGAAUUUUUUACGGCGUGAUGGUGCAACAUUAAACGGAGAAUAAUAUGUAAAAUACAAGAAUAGAAAAUAACAAAAGCAUGCAGGACAUAUAUAAAGUAUAAAAAGGUUGGUGAUGGACUUCAGGUGAAUAUGCAUCAUCAGGAUACAGUGUUAGACUCUCACUCACAAUCCUGGCACUGCCAUGGUAUCUCCCUUCUGCAUUUCCCACAUGUGUAUCUGUAGCAGUCAACACAUCGCACAGUGGCAUGAUUGUUCUUACACUGAUUUUUAACCUGGCACAUGGCUUUUUUCCCAGGGCUAGGUGUGGAAGGUUGUUGCCGAAGCAAUUCUUCCUUUCAUGCCUUCUUCGCAGUCACAUGAGAGUUAGCCAACUCUCUUGCAAGCUCCACCAGGAAGUCCACCCGUCUCUCCUUCCUCCCGGUGCAUGCUUGAUACAGCACAUGUGCAUCCAAUGCUGCCAUAUCAAUCAUGUUAUAGAACACAGCGACUGGCCAGCGCCAUGUUCCUGUGCGGACAGUGUACUCCCGCACCAUCUGGUCCAUCACAUCCACGCUGCACUUUGUAGCAUUGUAAAGUUCAUUGCAGUCCCUCUGUCUAGAUGACUGUGGAAUUUCCUGGCGAAUCUUGUUGACUGUGCCUAGGAUGGUGGUUUUCCGCCUAAGCAGUUGUUGCGCAAGUGACAGUGAUGUAAAGAAAUUGUCCGUGGUAACAUUUCUGCCCUUGUCCAGGAAUGGUUCCAUCAGCCUCAUGACUACAUUCUCGGACAGUCUCUCCCCACUGGGACGACUGGGGUCCUUGCCAAGAUAUGGGAGGACAUUGCAGAUGUACUUGGAUUUCAAGUCACAAGCCACCCAAAACUUGAUCCCAAACUUGUCAGGUUUCGUUGCAAUGUACUGCAGGAAACAGCAGCGAGUCUUUGGGGGGAAAAGCUGUUGGUCAAUGGUGAUGUGUCGACCAGGGUUGUAGGAUGUGAUGCAGUUGGUGACAAAUGACGACCACACAGCAGAAAUUGCAGCAAACUUGUCAGUCUUUGUGCGCUCACUGCGGGUGUCCCUGUCAUCAAAGCGUAGGUGUCGCAUGAUGUCUUUGAAGCGAUUUCGGGGCAUGGUUGCCAUGAUCUGGGGGUUUCCCAGGUUUGCUCACCAGCAAACCAGAAAAUGUGAUAAAUUGUCAAUCAAAUAGUGAUCCUGUGAAUGGGACUGGUUGCAUUCACCAGAGUCGUUAUGGUCAUUCUCACAUUCAUACUCUCAACAGCUUCACCAGAGUAUAAAAAAUGUAGUGUCAUAUGCAAACAGUAUGCAAUUUAACAAUUUAGAUACAUUUACAAUGUCAUUAAUAUAAAGUACAAACAGUAUUUGUCCGUGGACCGACCGCUGGGGCAUCUGCUGAGGUGCAGGAACAUCAGGAGAAGUAGAACCAAACAAAACAAACAGAGGCCCAAACUGUCUGUGCAGUGGCUAUGGAUGAAGCAGUUUCUGUCUACAGUUGUUCUCAGGUUGGAAACUCCCCUCCCCCUCCCCACUCACUCUCCCCACAACACAAGUUUCCUUGAAAUAACUUAGCAUAUCCCCUCCUGUGGUGCACCAGCGACAGCCUCGUUUGCAUAACAAACUGAGUGUUCAGAGGUGAUUUAGUACUAGCUAAAAGCCCUCCAAGCCAUUUGGCUGCCCUCUGGUCUUUAUAGGUAGAACAGCAAAAAGCCGGUCCUUCUAGUGUUAAGGGAGGAGUGCCAAACAUGCUGGCCUUCUUUAACACCCCGGCCUUCUUCUGGCGGCCAGUUGGUGUGAUGCAAGCCAUGAUCCGCUGCCCAAAUGCUAAUUGUCCUGCACCUCCAGGGGAGUACCUGCAGAAAAAAGGAUUUGGUAACACCGCCCGCUGCACCAACAAAUAAACCGGUCAUGCCCAACCAGUCUAGGAAGCCGUGCAGUGCUUGCCAAGUACCUCAGUGUGGUGGGCAGCGGAAGCGGUACACACCCUCCAAGGUGAAAGCUGCUGGGAGUAGCCAGAAGAUAUUCACCUAUUGCCCAGUAACUAGGAAAUCCACCACUAGUGGUUUUGAAGGUGUUGUGUACAUGAGCUAUGAGCAUUUUAAAAGUGUUGUAGAUGAGGAACUGGAAAGAAGAAAGAAUGAGGCUCACUUCUGUUAAAAGUCCACAGUUAGACAUAACUCAUACAGAGAUAUACCAAGUAAUUCAAUUUCUCUGACAUCUACUAAAUUCGUUUGUAAACAGCAGUCAAACAGCCCCACAGCAGCCGGUGACUGUAAUUGUCUAUGUAUUUAUUAAAUGCAAGGUUAGUAUUAUUGAUUUGUGAGCAUCUUGAUGAUGAUCAGGCGCUGAGCUAAGAGAAAAAUCCAGAGUGGAAAGAUGGCCGCAUGGUCACAAGAUGGCCACAUUUGUUUAUGUUAUUUUAAUAAUAUUUAAGACUGUUGAUUUGUUUGCAAAGUUAUGUUCUGUGUGAUUAGAUUUUAAUUCUGCUGUUUAAACUGUUCAAGUGUGGUGUGUUGAUCAAAAUAAUAAAAAUAAUUUUGUCAAUAAAAGAGCUGUGAUGAUCUAUGUGUUUAUUAACACUCACAUACUCUUCAAAUCCUGUACCCUCACAGUACCUUCCGGGUCAAAAUUGACCCGGACCAAGAAUUGCCCAUGUAGCAAGUAUUUUCACCAAAGUUCUAACCCCAAACCUAUUCAUAAUGUUUAAAUGACCUCUGCUACUUCAAAAAAUUAUUGAUUAGUCCUUCCUAAAUGUUUCAAAGAGCAGGGAAAGUGUAUUUUUUCAGUUUUAACACCACUCGUUUUUUGGUGAAAUACAUAUAUUUUGGAGAAAACAUCUACUACAUGGGAUAAUUCAAUUCAAUUCACUCUAGCUUUAUUCAUCACCUAGGGGCAAUUGAAAGGGGCAUCCAAGUACUAACCAGGCCCGACCCUGCUUAGCUUCCGAGAUCGGACGAGAUCGGGCGUGUUCAGCGUGGUAUGGCCGUAAGCGACAAUCACAUGGACGGAGUAGCUUUUUAUAUAUUAUAGAACUCAAGUAUUCCACCUUGGUGUUCUAAGGUUGGAUUGUUUUUUAAUUUUCUUAUGGUCAAACGCAAAGGUCGGUGAUCGAUUAUUUCUAUUUGUCCAACUUUGACACAAGAAAUUACGGUUAACUUUACUGAGAACUGGGUGAAGCCUGGUUGAGCUUAUCUUACCGUACUCAGUAACUUCUCGGUAAGGUGCAGCUUCUGUACCUUGCUUUCAUUAAAUAAUUGAUUUAAGCAUAAGAAAUCAUUUCCACAGUUAGACAUAACUCAUACAGAGAUAUACCAAGUAAUUCAAUUUCUCUGACAUCUACUAACUUCGUUUGUAAACAGCAGUCAAAGACC